UGUGUGCCGAGUACAAACAAUGGCUGUAUCCAAGUGUUGUCAUUAUUUGAAGUGCAUUAACUUGGCGGCGAAGGUCUGUACAUCAGCACGGCUAUCAAGUUACUGCCAACCUAUGCGAUGUAUGUCAACUAUCACAAAACCAGGGCUUGAUUUGACUUUUGAAAAAUAUGAAGGCAAGGAAAUUGCGUUAGUACGUAUGACAAAUGACGACAACAGACUGAGUCCACAGGUCAUCGACGACUUUGGAACACUGCUUUCGGAAAUAGAAAGUAACAAGUCCUGCCAAAUUCUAAUCACAACUGGUCAAGGCAAAUACUUCAGCAACGGCUUGGACAAAGAUCACGUGGCAUCGCUAGAUUCCGAGGGUUUACGGAAAUAUUUAGAACAUCUGAGCCAGCUGUUGCUUCGGCUGCUAGUUUUGCCCAUGGUAACGGUAGCAGCUGUGAAUGGACACGCAUUUGCUGGUGGGGCAUUUUUGGCGCUAAGUCAUGACCUUCGAGCAAUGAGAUCAGAUCGAGGCUGGUUGUCCUGGAAUGAAAUAUUUGUUAGUAUUCGGUUUCCAACAGUUCUUCUUCAACUAGUAAGGCAGAAAAUUCCACCCAAUCACCACUCACAAGCUAUCGUAUUUGGGAAACGUUUUACGGCCCCCGAAGCGUUGCAAGCCGGGAUUGUGGACCACAUCACAGAGGAAGGGAGGCUACUCGAAGACGCCAAGCUGCUAGCCAAUCAGUUGUUCGGUCCACAAGGAUUCAAUCGAGACUUAUUGAAGACGUUUAAGAACGAUUUGUACCGCCCUGUCUUAGAGUUGUUUCCACAAGCGAAGAAGUCUGUAUAAAUUUGAGCCGACCUGAGGCAAUAAAAUAAUAAUAACGUAUAAUAAAUGCAUUUAAAUUAGCAAGACAAACGGCGGCUAUGAGAUCCCAUGGGUCCAAUGGGAAGAAUGUGGUUUUAUCCAAUUUUCAGAUAUGUAGAUUGUUUCCUUGAGGAAGAUUAAAUGUAGCCUUUUAGUAUAUAAACAAAAUCAUUUGGCUAUAAUUUGUCAAUGGGCAGGGUGAGCUUGGAGCCAAUAUGCAUAAUUAUGAGAUGGAAGGGUGCAACUGUCCACCCGCAACACCCACCAUCGUUUUGUUCACUUCACUUACAAAAAACAACAACCUGAUUUAGUGUUCCAGGCACUGAUGUUCUAAGUACCUGUUUAAUUAAAAUUUUACAGAGAAGCAUUUCUAAGUAUCACACACACACACACACACACACACACACACACACACACACGACAUAUAUCACGCACAGUGACAUACACAUCUUCCAAGAAACACAUGGUCGUUUCUUUUGAAUGGUAACCACUAUUGACAUGUAAAACCACAUACACACUCUUCUCUGGAUUAAAAUAUAUUUGAUUUGUCAUGUCUGGCGUAAUAAAUACUUAUUUUUGCACAGCAUGGCUAUUGUUUGUUGACACCAGUGUAUUCCUUGAAGUCGCAAUAUUAUCAGGGCUGUAGCUAGGAUUUUUUGUUUCGGGGGGGGGGGGGGGGGGGCAAUUGAGUAGUUAAUAGUCUAAAACUCCUUAAA